AUGGCCUCAUCCCGCUCGACUGGCAAGCGUCUGCCCAUCAGCUGCCAGGCCUGUCGAACAAGAAAGAUUCGAUGUUCGCGUGAUGGCCGACCAUGUCAGACAUGCGUGCGACGCGGUCUCGGCGCCGAAGACUGUAUUUACCUCGGCCAGCCGCGGCUUUCAGCUGAACACGGCUCGUCUGGGGAUAACAUCGUGCAGAACGAGCUGUUAGCCCGCAUUCGAAAUUUGGAGGCCUUGCUCCAGAAACAAAUGAGCGCGCAGACGACGCCCUCUGGUGGCGCGCUCUCGCCACUAGGUGGGACGAGUGCUGCUGGCAGUUUCUCCGAGCCUGAUAUUGGCUCUGGUCUGGAGGCUUGGGACACGCUAGGUCCUAUGAUGGAUAACGUUGGCACUUUGCAUACGUCGCCUUCCGGUCAUGUCCGCUACGUGCCACUAGCUUCGCAAUGGGAGUCGUUGGUGGCGAAGAGCCCCGCUGCGGAGUGUUUACGGACUGCUGACUCGGAUGUCGCGGAGGAUGAUGAUGAUUUGCAGAUUCCGUUGGCGAAGAAUGGGAGUAUAUCACGCGCGGAGCUAUUAGCUAUCUUGCCGCCUGGUCGAUAUUGUGAUACACUCAAGGAUGUUUAUUUUCAGGUCUUUUCUACGGUUUUCCACAUCCUUCACGAUUUAACAUUCGAAGCGGAAUAUCAACACUUCUGCCACGAUCCGGGCAGCGUGUCGACAUCAUGGCUGGCAUUGCUCUUCGCCAUUCUUUCAAUCGCUGUAAGCGCACUCGACGAUGAUCAUCCUUUGCUGGCUGAUUUGGGGCGAGAGCGAACGGUCAGCCGAAACAUCAAAGCAUUGUCAGCACGAUAUCGCUCUGCGGCAUUGCGAUGUCUCGCCGCCGAUGGAGUGAUGUCCCGACAUUCGAUCAACUCAUUACAAGCCUUGAUACUUAUAAACUACGCCCGAGUCCACCGUGGACUACCGAUUUGGACAUUGCUAGGAUUCACACAUCACGUUGCGAUAUCAAUGGGCUGUCAUUUAGAUCCAGAACGAUUUGCACUUGGACCGAUCGAGCGAGAAGAGCGACGGCGGGUUUGGGCCGGAUUGAUGAUGCUUUAUACCAUCCAAAAUACCGCAUUUGGGAGCCUCGACCAGCAGCCUCUAACCCACGACGUGAAAAUGCCAGCGGAUAUUGACGACGUCGAUUUACUCACCAGCCCCAGCGUAAAAGGGGCAGCGCGUUCCCCAUCUUCUCCCCGCCCAACACAGAUGACCUACCUUCUCUUGAACUUUCGGCUGUACAAAAUCUCCUCCAAAAUUUGCGAAUCAAUAUUUAGUUAUCCCAGCACCUGUCGCUACACCACCUCCAACCUCGAAGCGGAAAUCAUAUCCGUCCGUGAAACAAUCGACUCCCGCUACACACUCGAUACAAACGAACCUGUCCUCGUUCACCACCAGGCCAACCACCACAUCCUUUACAGCCAAAUCCACCAGCUCCUCCUCCUUCUCCUCCGUCCCAGUCUCUGCCGCUAUCUACAAGGUGAAAUCACGCCCGCAACCUGCGACUCAAGAGCAAAGUGCAUCGCAUCCGCCAAGGCCUCGCUGUCCAUCUUCCAAGCUCUCCUCGAAACACCCUCGUUCAAGCCUUAUAAAUGGUAUACCAGCGGACUCGGCAGCUUCCACGCUUUCCACGCUGCCGUCACAUUAGCAGUCAUCCUGCUCAUCCCGGAAAACCAAUCCGAAUACGAAGAGAUCAAAGAGCUUCUCGACCGAGCACUGGACAUGUUCGCUUCACUCUCAGUGCGCAGUGUUUUCUGCAGCAAAGCAGUUCCGAUCAUUCGACAAAUGAUUGACGUCGCUUCAUCGAAAUACAACCCCCGAUCACUCACCCAUUCGCAAACCCACCUCCAAGCGCAGGCGCACGCUCAAGCCCAGGCCCAAGCCCAACUCCAGCAACCACAAGCCAACAUCCCGUCCCAAUCCCAACCCCACAACCACCUCCGACCAGCCAUCCAAACCCCCAUGUCCUCAAUGUCAACCCUAUCCCCGAUGGUAGCAAUGCAGGAUAAUUACGUUCAUUCGCACUCGCAAUCUGGCUCGCCGGUACCGACCAUUGCAUCCACCUGCAGCGAGCCAGUCAUGCAUUCCAAUUUCGGACAGAUGCAUCCACAAAACUGGAUCGGUCCUACGUCUGUACCGUGGGAUACACUCGGGCCUGGCGCAGCCGGGUUCGGGUUCGAUUAA